AUGCAUCCCCAGCCCGCUCGUUCUCUGGGCCGGACGCGAGGCGGCGGCCAAGAGACCCGGGCCGAGAAGACUCGCACCCGGGGGGCUCCGGGCGGCCCGUGCACAGGGGAGCCCCCGGUUUCCUCCCGGGGAGCUCCUUUCCGUGAGAGGCCCUCCGGGCGACCCCCCCCCGCGCGAGGGCCGGAAGCGCCUCCGCCCGGACUCUCCCAGCGGUCGGACUUCCUCGCUCCUUCCGGCGGGGCCGGGGAGUCUUACGUCCCGGGGUGCCGCGAGCUGCUCGCCAUGGAGGCGCUGCGGGAGGCCCUGCGAGAGGCGCUGGCGGGGCUGCGGGGCGGCGGCGGCGGCGGCGGCGAGGAUUUCGACCGGGGCCGCUUCUGGGAGGCGCUGGCGCAAGCCUUCCAGGCCGCCUCGCGGGAAGCCACGCAGCUCAGCCUGGCCGCCGCCCGAGCGCCGGCAUGUGAGCAGCUGAGCAAAGAGGUGUGCAAUGCUGUCAUCGGAGCUACCUCGGUAUAUUACCAGCUCCCAAAGAGCCAAGGGAAAACCCUGAACGACGCUGUCCGCUGUGCCACGAUCCAAGUGGUGGAGGGGAUGAUUCAGCUCAUAGAGGUUAUCCUUCGGACUCCCCGGGAAAGCCUAUCUCAGGAGCAGCUUAUCUCGACUGGAGGCAUCUGGGAGGCCUGUGAUCGAGUUUCCUGCCUGCCGCACGACAACCAGGCAGCAGUUGCGUUGGCCACUUCUUCCUGUCUGGAACUUGUCAAGGAUGCGCUGGAGGAGAUGGAGCAGAUGCAGGCUGAGGGAGGAGGGUCUCCUGGUGACCUGCUGGAGGAUGGAGAGCUGGGCUUCCUGGAAAAUAGGAACCUUUCCUGGUCAGAUGCUGAGCGGCAGCUGCUGGGCCCCUGCAAGGGGCUGGUGAAGGCCACCAAAGCUGGCUUGAGGAAAGUGCUGGGGGCCAUAAGGACUCAUGGCAAGGUGGACACGGAGGAGCAGGUGGCUCAGCUGGAUGCCCUGGCCGAUGCGGUGGCUGAGCUCAGCCCCAGCGUAGAUGAACUGGUGCUGAGCCUCUGUCCGCCUGUGAACCAGCUCACUCUGCGGCUGAAUGCUGGGAAACUGGCUUCCGUGUUAAUGAAGAUGCUGGAAAUCGCCAGGACGAGCCACAUCUGCCCUCCCUCUGAAGAGAGCUGGGUGCAGUUCCUGGGUGGAGCAGUGGAUCACAACAUGGACAAGAUCAAGGGCUUCACCCAAGGCCUGCUCGGAGACCCUGGCCCAGCAGGGGAGGACCGGUCUGCGGGAGAAGUCUUGGGAGGCGCCUGGGCAAAUGGGCAGCCGUAGCUUUUUUGUCUUGGCCGUGGGCAGUAAAGGACUGCUGGGCUCUGAGGAGGAAGCUUGU